GGUACCUGGCCCCGGACUCACCUGCCUGCACGCUCUCAGGAUGAAGGAGGUCGCGGGCCUGGACCCUUCCCUGGUCUACAGACCUGAGGCGGACCCAGGCGCAGGCAAAGAUAAGGAUGGCUUCCGGAACUAUGCGUCGGGCCCCCUCCUGGACCGCGUCUUCGCCACCUACAAGCUCAUGCACACGCACCAGACCGUGGACUUCGUCAGGAGGAAGCACGCCCAGUUCGGGGGCUUCUCCUACAAGAAGAUGACGGUCAUGGAGGCUGUGAGCAUGCUGGACGAGCUGGUGGACGAGUCAGACCCGGACGUGGACUUCCCCAACUCCUUCCAUGCCUUCCAGACGGCGGAGGGCAUCCGGAAGGCCCACCCAGACAAGGACUGGUUCCACCUGGUUGGGCUCCUGCACGACCUGGGCAAGGUCCUGGCUCUGUUCGGGGAGCCCCAGUGGGCAGUGGUCGGAGACACCUUCCCGGUAGGAUGCCGUCCCCAGGCCUCUGUGGUUUUCUGCGACUCCACCUUCCAGGACAACCCUGACCUCCGAGACCCCCGAUACAGCACCGAACUGGGCAUGUACCAGCCCCACUGCGGGCUUGACAAAGUUCUCAUGUCCUGGGGCCACGACGAGUACAUGUACCAGAUGAUGAAGUUCAACCAGUUCUCCCUGCCCUCGGAGGCCUUCUACAUGAUCCGGUUCCACUCCUUCUACCCCUGGCACACCGGUGGCGACUACCGGCAGCUGUGCAGCCAGCAGGACCUGGCCAUGCUGCCCUGGGUGCAGGAGUUCAACAAGUUUGACCUCUACACCAAGUGCCCCGACCUGCCUGACGUGGACCAGCUGCGGCCCUACUACCAGGGGCUCAUUGACAAGUACUGCCCCGGCGUGCUGAGCUGGUGACCGCCUACCUGGCCCCCCACUGCUGCUGCACCCCCAUGCUGGCUGCGUCCCCAGAGUCUGGCCCUGGGAGACAACCACCAUCAGACUCAGCACCUAGCCACCUCGGCCUCCCUGGGGGGACACCCCGCUCCCCCACCUGCACUCGCCGCCCCUCAUGGCCACUGGUGCCUGACGGCAAUAAAGACCUUGAAGGAGUUGUGCUUCU